UCAGCAGAAAUCGAAGCAAGAAGCCGCCGCAUCACGCAUCAGGCACGCAACAGCACUCAUCACGACGGGUACCGGGACUGACCCGAGCCUGUCUCUACCGUGUACACACGAGCCCUCCUUCGCCCUGGGAGUGGCAGACCCGGCUGGCGGACCACAGCGAGCGCAACCCCCGACGCCUUGCUUUCGUCCCGUUUCCCAACCGACCGACUAUCCGCACACGGCACGCACGCCCCGUCCCAGCAUUCGACCUCGUCAUCAUCGCGCAAAUCGCAAAGCCUGGACGCAUGUAGUGCCCCGUAUCAUGUCCACCCAAGCGAAUGGCGCUGCGGCGCCAGACCACCCCGUCGCCCAAGACCCUGUCGCCCAGGACCUCGUCGUCGCCCACAGCAGUCCGGACGCUAUCAUGACCGACGCCGAUCCCGACGCCGACCCCGAUGCCUCCACGCCCAUGGGUCUGCGAUCGCCACCGGAGAGCGACAAGGCCAUGAAUCUCGACGAGGCUUCCGAGUCCGAACUCAGCGACCUGGAUGACGAUGUUGCCGACAAACUCGACCAAGACCAUACGUUCGAUCUCGACCUCGGCUCCGACCCGCUGCCUGAUCCGAAAACCGGACAGCAGCAACAGCAGCCUGAGCCUAGCGUCUCGCAUGAACAUGAGCCCGCCACCGCGGCCACGGUCGAAAGCGCAACGCAGAUCAAGGAGGAACAAGAAGGCCAAGGAAAAGAGUCAACUUCGCACUCGCAACAGCCAGACACCGGGGCAGCGUCUGCGACCACCCCCAUGUCUCCAAGUGAGGACAUUGGCGAGAUCUUGCCGGAUAGAUAUGAGAACAACGUUCCUGUUUUCAAGCCAACCCUGAAGCAGUUUCAAGAUUUCAAACUCUUUAUGGAAAAGGUAGAUAAAUAUGGCAUGAAAUCCGGCAUCAUCAAGAUCAUCCCUCCCGAGGAAUGGAGGAGCGCGCUGCCGCCACUGGACGAGCUGGUCAAGCAAGUCCGCGUCCGCGAGCCAAUCAAGCAGGAGAUCAUGGGCCAGAAUGGAACCUAUCGCCAGGUCAACAUUCUCCAUCAGCGAUCCUACAACCUACCCCAAUGGCGUCAGCUUUGCGAACAGAGCGAACACCAGCCCCCUGCGCGACGAGGAGAGCGACGAGCCAAUGCCGAAAAGACCAAGCCCGCUCCUCGAAGCCGCGCUGCUCCGCCUGCUGCGAACGGUACAGCAUCGAACAAGACCACGACGACAAGUACAAACACGGGCAGAGGAAAAAGAAAAGGCAGGGUUACGCGAGGAUCGGCAAAGGCCGCUACGGAUGAAACCGACGAUCCCCCCAUCACUCCCGUGUCACCACCGCCCGAAGACGAAGACAAACCACUAGAGUCAAUUGAGGAGGAGGAUGUCAAAGAUGAAGCUUGCGAGGAUGAAGAGAGCCUUCCCAGAGUUGGCCGAAUGGGCUUUAGCAGGCAAGGCAAGCCCAAGAUGCAAUCGACAUCGGCACGGCGCAAGUACAUUCGUCGCGAAGGGUCGGCCAUGAUCGACGAGGCAGCUUUCAAGGACUGGGAUUACCGUAUGGACGUGUCCGACUUCACACCCGAGCGCUGCGAAGAGCUGGAAAGGAUAUACUGGAAGACUUUGACAUAUGCCCCUCCGCUAUACGGUGCCGAUCUCCCCGGAACCUUGUUCGCCGAAUCGACCGAAAAUUGGAACCUCAACAAACUCCCGAAUCUACUAGAUGUUCUGGGCACAAAGGUUCCUGGCGUCAACACGGCGUACUUAUACUUGGGUAUGUGGAAGGCGACCUUUGCAUGGCAUUUAGAAGAUGUCGAUCUUUACAGCAUCAACUUCCUUCACUUUGGUGCUCCCAAGCAAUGGUAUAGUAUCUCGCAAGCGGAUGCCCGUCGGUUCGAAGCCGCCAUGAAGAAUAUUUGGCCAACCGAUGCCAAAGCCUGCGAUCAGUUCCUCCGCCACAAGUCCUUCCUGAUUUCCCCUUCCCACCUCAAGCAGCAUUACGGCAUCACGGUCAACAAGGUUGUGUCCUAUCCCGGCGAGUUUGUCGUGACCUACCCGUAUGGCUACCACUCUGGCUACAACCUGGGCUACAACUGCGCUGAGGCUGUCAACUUUGCGUUAGACAGUUGGCUCCCCAUGGGCAAGAUUGCCAAGAAGUGUCAAUGUGCGCAAGCUCAGGACAGUGUCUGGGUGGAUGUCUACGAGAUUGAGCGUAAGCUGCGUGGCGAAUCGACGGAGUACGAGGUAACGGAGGAUGAGGAUGAAGACGAGGAUGAGGACUCGGACGAAUCAGACCAAGAUACCGGAUUGCCUAGUCCGCCAUCAGGCUUGGAUCACAGAGGAGGAAAGAGAGUCAGGGCAGCGGGGCAAAAGAGAAAACGGGAGGCAAACAACAGGGGUACAGAAGGGAAAGCGAAAAGAAGUCGCUUCCGCCUCAAGGCACCUGUCGAGCCGCCGUGUUGUCUAUGUCCCAACGAUAUUCCCGGCGCAGAGAUUAUGCCUACGGACGAUGGUCGCAAGGCCCACCGGAUGUGUGCUCUAUAUCUACCCGAGACAUACAUCGAGACCGUCGACGACCAAGAGAUCAUUGCGAAUGUGGCGGGCAUCGACAAGGCCCGCUUGGAGCUCAAGUGCUUGUACUGCCGGUCCAAGAAGGGUGCUUGCUUCCAAUGCUCUCAAAAGAAGUGUCCCAGGGCGUACCAUGCCACAUGCGCAGCUGCCGCUGGUGUGUUUGUGGAGGAAGGUGAUGUGCCGGUUAUCGGAGAGGAUGGGACGGAAUACAAGGAGCAGGCGUUUGAGUUCAGCUGCCGCUUCCACAGAGUCAAGAGAGAUCGCAAAACAGAAGGCGCUAUUCUCGAAGACGAUCCUGUGGUGCGCAAGACUGCAGAGGCACUCAAAAAGAACGACAUCUGUCAGAUCCAGUACUAUCAGGGUAACAUUUUCGCCGGUGUGGUGGUGGAGAACCUGCAUGAGGAGGAGACCCUCCUGCUGGAUGUUAUUCCGAGCGGUGAUAGGAUUCAGGUUGAGUGGAAAUGGCUUCUCGUGGCCGACCCGUCCGAGUACAGGCUGCCUAAGGCAUCACCCAACGCCAUUCCGAUGCCGACCUCGAAGAAAGCCAAGCAGGAGAUCAACGCCAAGCGCCCGGUCGAGGAGAUACCGAGGAAGGGCGAUGAGUUCUCUACUGGAUUUGUCUGGGCCGAAUUCCACACUGGCGAGCCCGACAAGAACAAGGAGCAAGUCAAGAUUGAUUUGGACAAGGAAAAUCAAGUCUGGCAUUACCUGGGACCGACGUCUACGGAAGCCAGAGCGCAAUACACGGAGAACCCGUCUAGGAAGCAGCACAACUCCAAGAGCAACUUUCUGGACACUAUACCCAAGCCGCCUCCAACCUACCCUGUUCAAGUUGCCUCGGCACCUAGGAAAUCGUUGUCGGCAACGUACCCGACACAACAACAGCAGACCUUCAUCGCGUCACCAGCAUCGUCGUCGGCCCUAGCAUCCAAGCAGGAUAAGCCAUAUGUGUACAAACCACGCAAGCCUGUCCAGCCACACACACAGUUCAACGUUCAAUAUACGUCGCACAUGUUCAUGCCAGCACCGCCUCUUCCGUCACCGUCGUACGUGCCUCAGCAGAACCACCCGUUCUACCAGGCACAAUUGCGACCGAAUGUCCCGCAAACGGUACACCCUUCCCAGGUGUUUAGCCCUCAGCCCAUGCACUACGAUGGUCAGCGUAGGAUGUCGCAGUCAACUCAACCGUAUCCUCAACAGCAAAUGUCACCACAGCAUUUCGCUCAACACCAAAUGCCCCAGCAGAUGCCGCAACACCAAUUCCAACCGCAGCAGCAACAGCAGCAAUUCCAACAUUUCCAACCGCCGCAGCAGCAUUAUCAGCAACAACCUCAGCAGAAUUACCCACAAACCCCUGUCCCGCUGCCGCCCCAGGCUUUCCAGUUUCAGCAGCAGACUUGUGCUCCUUUACCACAACAGGUUCAGCCUCAACAACCGCAACAGCAGAGUCCUGUUCCUUUGCCACAGCAGGUUCAAACUGCACUGCCUGAGCAGCAGCAGCAGCAGCAGCAACAGGUUCACCAUGUUCAGCAGACGCCUGUUCCUGUACCCCAGGUGCCUUUGCAAGCUCAACAGUCAACUCAGAGCUCUCCGCAGCAACAGCAACAACCACAGCCCCAGGACAAAGAACCUCACCAACCGCUGCCGCCGGUAGAUCAAACUCAGCCACCAUCUCCGCCGCAACCUCUGCCGAAGCCAAGACCCUUCAAGGUGUACAAGGCAUCCCAGUUUAGGAAACUCAAACUCCCCGAGAAGAGGCCAGGCGCUAAGAAAGACCUGCCUGAGGCCUUUGCAUCCCGAAGGUUCUCGUUUGCUGGCAUUGACCGGAUCCAUGACCUCCCAGGAAUUGUAUGGCCUCCGAAAAACCUGAUUUCAGGCCGUGAAAGUCAGUGCAGACGGGGAGUCUGGGCUCCAUUGAGUGACGAGGGCAUCAUGCCGGCUCCAAUGACUUCGUCGCUGCUUAAGUGUGCGGAUGAUGAUCAGAGGGUGUCUCAAAAGUACGAAUUUUUCCAGGUUUAUAAUAACAAGGAUCCGCUGAAGCACCACUCGCCUUAUAAGCCGGCUGUGACUGAACUGGAUGAGACCACUGGGAAGAAAAAGCUCGUUCACGCCGACUUCACGAAUGACUAUGCGGAAAACUUUACAAACUUCAUGAAGAAUGCUCGUGAAGCCUUGACGAGAAAGGACGUUUCGGAGCCUAGCUCGAGACCAGCGACCAGUCAAGCUCACUCACGCAACACUUCCUCUGCAUCUGCUCAGCCGAACGAUAGUCAGUUUCAGCAGAACUCUUUCACUGGCCAGCCUACGCAGCACCCAAGAGUCCAACCCCAGUACACUUACAACCAGCACGACGCUGGAUUUGGUGAAUCUUCAUCUUCGUCGCCGUUUUCAAGUCACUCAGUUCCAGCACCAGUGCUGUUCGGUUCUGCCUUUGAGCAACAGUCUGGAUCUCAUCAAGAUAUAAGGCAGCAGUACCAAGGACCUUGGCAACAGCAGUAUCAAAACCAGGGCAGUCAUAACAUCUGGAUGGGGAGUCCACAAAUGGUGGGGAGCCCUCAACCGCAGAUGUUCUCCCCUUCGCCGACACAACAGGGGCAUCAUCAUCAUAUGCCUCAAUCGCAGCAACAGGCUCAGAACCAGCAGCCUCAGCCGCAACAGCCGGCGAAGCCGCAGUUUACAAAGCAAAGUCAUAGUCCGAUUCCGUUGCCGCCGUACGUGCAAAAGAUGAAUCAGGCCAAGCCAUCGCCGUUAAGCCAACCUCCACAGACAAACAGCCGGCAGGGAAGUCAAGGAGCUUCCUCGCAAUCCCAGUCUCAGAAGCGGCGACAACGAAAAUCGGCUCAGCAGGCGUCAGAGCAAACUAUCUCUCCUACCCAGUUAAGUGUGGACACGGGAGCAGGGUCGACACCGCAAGGUCAACCUCCAAAGGCACAGCAGACGUCGAAUAACCCCUGGACGAAUACGAACAAUGUCCAUCUGCAGUUUCCUUCCACGCUCAAUGCUUCCUCACAACAACCAGCGCCAGCCACUGCAGCACAACGACCCUCUCAAAAUACCUCGGACCACACGCCCGCAGAAGCAGAUACAGGGGCCCACGAGCAAGAGAGCGGAGGGGAAGAAGAAGCCCAUGACGUGGAAGAAAAUUCGUACUUCAAUGAAGCCCAAGGUUUCCAAACCCCUCCCUUGCAGCCCCAAACUCUCUCCUCCACCGACGUCUCCCCUGACCAGAACUACUUUCCCCUUUCCGCACCACCACCCACCCCGCUUGGCGGCAUCGCUUUCGGCGGUGUCGGCGUAGGAGGCUUUAACCCAGGCUCCGCCUUCAACGUGGCUGCCCUCAGCGGCGGCAUUGCCGGGCUGGGCGCCUUGGGUACGCUAGGCGGCUUGCUUGGCGGUCUUGAAUCGGGUGCUAGUGGGAAUGGUACGUGGAGCGGACGGGCGAGAGGGCUCAGUAGGAGUGGAGAUAAUGUGUUUAUGGGGAGUACGAGUGCGAUAGAGGAUGGAGAGGAGGGGGAGUUGGGGUGUGGGAUGGGGGGAGGAGGAGGAGGAGGAGGAGGAGGAUCAAGGGGGGGACAUGCCGGUGGUAAUGGUGGGACGGCGUUAAGUCGGCAGGAUGUGUUGGACAAGAUUUUGUCGAAUUUGCAUCGGUUGGGGACGGAGUAGAGGGAUGAGUUGAUGGUGGUGGUGAGGAUAAUCAUUGCAUGCAUUGUCUGAGUGGUGUGGUGUGGUAUUCUGUCUGAUUGAA